CUUCAAAGGUUCAAAGAGGAAAAAGAAGUUUGUCAUGCUCACACCGCGUGUAGGGGGAACAUUCUCUAGCUUGUUUGUUCAACAAAUGGCUCGGUUUCGUUACUUUAGGUGAAAAGACAGCGGCACACUGCCAGUAACUUACAGCGCUAUCUCUGGUGGACUUUAUAGUAAAGAAUGAAUCCAGCUCGUCGCUGUUCGACUUUAUUGAACCAGCUGUGUGUGUCCUCGCGGGGGGGACCGACAGUCAGGAGACAGUUUUCACCGGGACCGGUAUCAGGCCCAGCGGGAGCACGCUACUGUCACCCCGGUGUCGGAGGAGGACGGGGGGGAGUCAAAGGGACAUGUCCCCAGCUGAAGCCGAGCGGAGCGUCGCCAGUUUGUCCAAUGGGUGGCAGCAGCAGCAGGUUGUUUGGUUCGUUGGCCCAGUCACUGACCAGCGGCCCCUUGCCCCAACCAGACCUGUACACAGAGGAGAACCCAGACCAUGACUUGGACCAUGACCUGGCCGAGAUCGACCCGGACCAGCUGCUCAGAGAGUGCGAGGAGGCCCUGCAGAGGCGUCCGGCUCGGCCGCACCGGGAUAUGGUCUAUCCCGGCGGCAUGAUGCCCUGCCGCCACAAGCACAACCCCCCCAUACGGGUCAUGCAGUGGAAUAUACUUGCGCAAGCUCUCGGGGAGGGGAAGGACGGGUUUAUCCGCUGUCCACUGGACGCUCUCAACUGGCAGGAAAGGAAGUACCUGAUCCUGGAGGAGAUCCUCACCUACCGCCCUGACAUCCUGUGUCUACAGGAAGUGGACCACUACUAUGACACUUUCCAGCCAAUCAUGGCCAGCCUGGGUUACCAUGGCAGCUUCCUGCCCAAACCCUGGUCUCCCUGUCUGGACGUAGAGCAGAAUAAUGGUCCUGACGGCUGCGCUCUGUUUUACCGCCGGUCACGCUUUUCCCUCCAGGCCACAUCUCACCUGCGGCUGUCGGCCGUGAUGCUGCCCACCAACCAGGUAGCCAUCGUCCAGACACUGAUCUGCCAGGUAACUGGCCGGAGGCUGUGUGUGGCCGUCACCCAUCUGAAAGCUCGUAGCGGCUGGGAAAGGCUGCGGAGCGCGCAGGGUGCCGACCUGCUGCAGAGUUUACGCAGUAUAACGUCUGGAGGGGGCAGCAACAGCCAGAGCCAGGCGGUGUCAGGCACCGUCCCUCUAGUGGUGUGCGGGGACUUCAACGCUGAGCCCUCAGAGGACGUUUAUCAACGCUUCAGCUCCUCCCCUCUUGGCCUGAACUCCGCAUACAAGCUGCUGAGCUCUGAUGGACAGAGGGAGCCGGCCUAUACCACAUGGAAGAUCCGCCCCUCUGGAGAGAGCUGCAGCACUCUGGACUAUAUUUGGUAUACCCAUGAUGCUUUGAGCGUGGAGUGCCUGUUGGACAUUCCCACAGAAGAACAGAUCGGCCCCGACCGCCUCCCGUCCUACCACUACCCCUCUGACCAUUUAUCACUUAUCUGUGACAUCAACUUCAGGGAGGAGCCUCACAGAUUGAUGUAGGCUGCCAAUCGCAGCUGGCCUGGACCAAUAGGACGCCUGAAUUAGUGGCUCGUUGUCCAGAAACAAAACUGAACCUUUAAUGUAAAUCAGAGUGAGGAAAGUGAGCGUGACAACAACUUCUGGUUUGUGUCGGCCCAGUGUGAAGCCAGCAGGCUGAGGGCGGAGUGACGGCAGGUGAAACCUGAUUGGAGCAUCACAUACUUUGCUAUCAUGAGACGGCCUGCGUCACUUCUUGUAAUGUUGCUAUUAUUUUAAAGAUAGCAGCAAUGGGGAGCAUUAGAAGAAGUGAAAUGAGGCACUGACAUCAGUUCUGCUGGAAAAAGCACUUGUAGUCUUAGCAACAAGUUGGGAAUGGAUCCACUGACUUGUGUAGCGGGGGUCAGCCCCCACUGUUUUUUAAUUAAAUGUUCUUUCUUUAACUGAACUGCAGCUGAAAUGGCAGCUACGAGGUUCAUCUGCUGAGGUUUCUGGAAACCAAUUGCAGCUAUUUAUUGUUUCCAGUACGCAGAUAAGACUAUUAUCACCUAAUUUUUAUUAAAUGAUCUUUUACUAUCCAUCAGUUGGUUAUACUGUGAUCAACAGCUUUUACUGUAGUGUUUCUAAGUUAAUUAUUUUGCAUUGGUUAAGUCAUAUGGUUGACAUUGGUUAUCAUGGCGUUGUUGCUGUGACUACACUGAACAUGAAAUGUUAAUAUAUAAAUAAAGUACUUCUUUUUAUUCUUA